UCAAGUUGUAUAAUACACCGGUGAGAGGUUCAAUGGCAUUUUAAUGCAGAAAAGGUAGAGAAAGACGGGGGUGUAUGACUUGAGGGCAAAAGUGGAAACUUUCGCGCUACGGUGACACCGGGUUUGCCAGGCAACUUUCAGCCAAUUGGGUUACCAUCAAAACAUGCUCUGCAGCAGCAAUUGAAGUGGCAGUUAACCGGGUCCAUAGAUGAAGAUUGAAUAAAAGAUGUGCACGAUUUGGGAUCAGCACUGCAGCGCGUGAAAUCGGUGUAGCAGAUGUGCCUCCAAAAACGCGGCGGAACUUGCCAGAACGCGGGUUGCGUUGCACCGCUGCUAGCCGGUACAGCAGGUUAAGAGGCCCCCGUGCCUCUCUUGCACUGCUUGUUUAGCCAUGAAAGUAACAGGAUGCUGUAUGUGUGCCCUUGGUUCACUUUCCCUCACAUGAAGCUCCCAAAUAAACACGUGAAGUUGUUGCUGCCGUCUCUUUUGUCGGACAGGGUGAUGUCGGAGGAAUGCUGCAGCGCAUGCCGGCAACCGACGGCAAGAGUUGACGUUCGCUGCACGAGAGAAAGGACCGGGGGUAAUGUCCGGGCAUUCGUGGAGGCAGCGGGCGUGGCAGACAAGUUCCCCGCCUUGAAGUGCGGCGAUCCAGACAUAGACAAGCUCGUCCGAUGUAAACAUGGGGGUUGCCUAUUGGAGUUGUUCGUCCUGAACCAGCAAAAGGAGAGCAGGGCGCCUAACAAACACCGAGCAAUGCGAGGGCCAAAGUGGACGUGCGCUCCUGAAGCUGUCUAGCAGCUAAAACGCCGUUGUUUUGAUCGCCACUGCACCUCGCCCGCGGCGUUGGAGGCUUUGCUGGGUGUUGUUAGCAUCAGCGGGUUUGUGCUGGACAUGUGCGGGGGAGCGGGUGGUGCUGUCGUGACCCGCCUUCGAGACACGUGCCAAGUACUCACGAUGUACGACCGAGGCAUGUACAUCCGGCUAGGCGAAUAACAGUCAAUCUGUUUUCAAUGCUGCUGAGUUACAUACGACGGACCUAGUUGUGCAAUCUGCUCUAAACUUUACGUCCCUUCUUUCGUAGGUCCCGUCGUAGGUAGGCUCGCACCAGGGGACGCUCAUUGUUUGUCCUGCCCUUUUUUAUCGUCGAAGUUUGGCUGUGUAAACGAGAUGCAUUGUUGUUUGAAUCCUCCAUAGUUUCAACAGGCCGCAAACCGAGUGUACUCACGGCACAGAUGUUGCUUUCGGUACACGCACAUGGAGCAACUCAAGCUUGACUGUAUCCGAUUUUUGCCGAAACAUGUCGG